AAGAAAGAGAAGGAUAGGAAUGAAAGAGGGAGAUAGAGAGAGAAAGAAGGAGAGAAAGAGGAAAGAAAACGAGAAAGAGAGUGAGAGACAAAGAGAGAAAAGAGAGAGAGAGAGAGAGAGAAAUGGAAUUUCUCUAUUUCACAUGUCCUCACUUUCUUCAUUACAGAUUAAUGAACAUUUUCGUGGACGAACUCCUUUAAUCAUUGCCUGUAGAGAGGGUGCCGAUAGAAGAAUCAUCGAAAUAUUGCUAAAAGCUGGUCCGGAGUUAGGAGCGAAAGACUCAAAUGGUUGGACAGCUUUGCAUUGUGCUGUGUAUGGGCAUUACCUUCAUGCUGUGGAGAUCUUACUAUCUCGGGGAAGUGAGGUUAAUCCUCGAGAUAAAGAUGGUCGAACACCGCUGCACUUGGCCUGUUGGUUGGGACACUUGCACACUGUCGAUCUUUUGUUGGGUCACAAUGGCAUCGAUGCCAAUGUCAUGAACAACGAUGGAGACACACCACUGCAUGUGGCAGUUCGGGGGUAAGUCCCCAUUGGAUCUGGAAUAUCCAAAUCUGUUUCUUUUAUGUUUUCAAUAAUGUUUCUUUCUUUUUCAUUCAGUCAUUCAUGUCAUAAUCCCACCAUGGGGUCAUUGUCUUUCUUCUCUCUUU